AAUUGUAACCAGAACGGGAAGGUCGUUAGUGACGUAUGAUGACGCACGUAAUAUACGGUGUCACCUCUGCCAGUGAAUGUACAAAACUACACGGACAGAACCGUCAGACCAUGAAGAGCGACCUCUUACCGAUCACUCUACACUCGUGUAUCUGCGAUACCGACUUCACGUCUGAUGGACUACUCUGGGCCUCCAAACGGAAUGUACUUCAGCUGCUUGCACGACUACGCAAGAGCCGUUCAACAGUCGUCGUGUGCACUGCAGCAGCCGCUGAAUACCUAUACGUACGUCAGCCAGCAACCGCUGAUGUUCGAGAGUAACAAUGGAAACCGAUUGGCGACUAACCCCGUGACUACAGGCUACCCAUCCUAUCAGAGUCCUCUUGUCUCUAUGGGGACGUCUCAACCGGCGGCCAAUGAAGUGAACUGUGAUAUGCUGGCUCUUCAAGAUCGUUUAGGGUGGCAGGGAGCAAGCACUGACUACGGUCAGCAGCCAAACGAGCAAAGUUUACACAAUCUUUCUGUUGGACUGGAGCAUCAGGAGUUGAUUCGAAACGGUCUGAUGCCUCAUUUGGAAACGAUGCAGUUGAUGAGAGCAGAGUCGAAGAGAUUGAGGAUGAACCAGAUGACGCCACAGGAGGAUGCACGAAAACGUAUCAGACGAGAGAAAAACAAAGUUGCUGCAGCCAAGUGUAGAAAUAAGCGACGAGAAUUUUCUAGAAAUCUCAAGGAGGAUUAUGAAAUAACGGAGAAAAUGAAUGUGGAACUGAAAGAUGAAGUGAAGGAACUGACAGUGCAGAUUGAACAAUUACAAGAAGUCCUCCAAUCUCACGACUGUGUGUUGAAUGCUGAGCAAUUGGAAGCAAUAAGGUCCCAAGUGGAACUGAUUGCUCAAGAGAAAAUGGAAGAGGAAUUAGAAAGUUCCUGUCAACUUCAGAUCACUGAGAGACGAGGAGAGUCAGAUGAGGACACUAUUAUGAACAGUAGUAGUUCCUCAUCACCUUUGCUUACAUUUGUGUCAGAAGUGGUACAAUAACAUAAUGUUCAACUUGUUAGAAUUAAAUUCUGGGACACAUUCAUAUGUGGUUGAGUGCUGUAACUGGAAAACUUAUAUUUUUACCACAAUUAUUCAAUAUAGCAGAAUAUUUUGAUACACGGAAA